GAGGGGCAGCACGGACGAACACUCGCCGACAAAUAACGGAUACACGAUAGACCGUUGGAAGAUUCUUAGGCCGUCCCAUCAACUGUGAAAAGACCCCUCUGGCGUGUGUAUGACCAGAGGUUGGAGGGUUGAUCAGCGAGUCAAGUGAACAGUGCUGAUGAUGAAACCCAGAAUAAGUGCUCCUUGCCUCCACAGCAGCGUGUUCAACACACACACCCAUGUAAGAGAGACCUUCUGCCCCUUCUUGUGCAGCGAGCUUUAGAAGGCCAGGAUGAAAUGAGAUAAACACUGGAUGAGUGGAGGCCCCCUGCUUCAGAAUCCCUAAGCAUGGCAGGACUGCAGCUGGUGACCCCUGCCUCCUCACCCAUGGGGCCUUUCUUCGGUCUCCCAUGGCAACAAGAAGCUAUCCACGACAACAUAUACACACCAAGGAAAUAUCAGGUUGAACUUCUUGAAGCAGCUCUUGAACACAAUACUAUAGUCUGCUUAAACACAGGCUCAGGGAAGACCUUUAUUGCAGUACUUCUUAUAAAAGAGCUCUCCCAUCAAAUCCGCCAGGAGGAAGGAAAGAGGACUGUUUUCCUGGUGAACACAGCAGAGUCUGUGAUCCAGCAGGCGUCCACGGUAAGGACCCAUUCCGAUCUUCAGGUUGGGGAGUACGCCGAGAGCUCAGUGUUAUGGCCAGAGGAGAAAUGGAGCCAGGAGAUGAUGGGAAAUCAGGUGCUCGUCAUGACGUGCCACGUCUUUUUGCAUGUGCUGAGGGGUCGGGUCUUGCCACUGACAAAAAUCAACCUGGUGGUUUUUGACGAAUGUCACCUCGCAAUCACGGACCAUCCUUAUCGAGACAUAAUGAAGAAAUAUGAGGACUCUCCUAGCUUCCCGCGUGUCUUGGGGCUCACCGCUUCCAUUCUCAACGGAAAGUGUGAUCCCUCUGACCUGGAGGACAAGAUCCAGAACUUGGAGCAGAUCCUGAAAAGCAACGCGGAAACGGCCACUGAUCUCGUCGUCCUGGACAGGUACGCAUCCCAGCCUCGGGAGGUGGUGCUGGACUGUGGCCUUUAUGAAGAUAAGAGUGGCCUGUCUGAGAGGCUUCUGACUGAGCUGGACGAAGCUCUCCAGUUCCUCAAUGACUGCAACUUACCUGCACAUCGAGAGGACCGAGACCCCACUUACAUAUCUAAACAGGUUCUGAGUGACUGCCGGGCGGUCCUGACCGUGCUGGGGCCGUGGUGCGCAGACAAGGCCGCGGGCAUCAUGGUGCGCGAGCUCCAGAAGUACGUGAAGCACGAGCAGGGCGAGAUGUGCCGUAAGCUUCUCCUGCUGGCUGACACAGCCCUGCGCAAGCUGCACGCGCUGUGUGAGGAGCACUUCUCGCCCGCCUCACUGGACCUGCGGUUCGUCACGCCCAAGGUGCUCCGUCUCCUAGACAUCCUGCGCGAGUACAAGCCCUUCGAGAGGCAGCAGUUCGAGAGCGUGGAGUGGUACAACAACCGCAACCAGGACAACUACGUCUCAUGGAGCGACUCAGAGGACGAGGACGAAGACGAGGAGGUGGAGGUGAAGGAGAAACCUGAGGCCAACUUCCCGUCGCCGUUCACCAACAUCCUGUGCGGGAUCAUCUUCGUGGAGAGGCGGUACACGGCCGUGGUGCUCAACAGGCUGAUCAAGGAGGCGGGGAAGCAGGACCCAGAGCUGGCCUACAUUAGCAGCAACUUCAUCACAGGCCACAGCAUCGGCAAGAACCAGCCCCGCAACAAACAGAUGGAGGUGGAGUUCCGCAAACAGGAAGAAGUGUUAAGGAAAUUCCGAGCGCACGAAACCAACCUGCUCAUCGCUACCAGCAUCGUGGAGGAAGGGGUGGAUAUCCCGAAGUGUAAUUUGGUGGUCCGGUUCGACCUGCCAACCGAGUAUCGCUCCUAUGUGCAGUCCAAGGGCCGAGCUCGCGCCCCUGUCUCUAACUACAUCAUGCUGGCUGACAGCGAACACACGCAAAUGUUUGAAGAGGACCUCAAGACGUACAAGGCCAUCGAGAAGAUCCUCAGAAACAAGUGUUCCAAGUCGGCGGAGUGUGGCGAUGUGGAGGCGGAGCCUGUGCUGGACGACGACAACAUCCUGCCACCCUACGUGCUCCGCGCAGACGAUGGAGGUCCCCGGGUCACUAUCAACACGGCCAUCGGCCACGUCAACAGGUACUGCGCCAGGCUGCCCAGCGAUCCGUUCACCCACCUGGCACCCAAGUGCAAGACUGCUGAGCUGAAAGCGGGCGGAUACCAAUCCACACUCUUCCUCCCUAUCAACUCACCCCUCCGGGAGCCCAUAACAGGCCCACUGAUGUCGUGUGCAAGGCUCGCGGAGAAAGCUGUGGCUCUGCUGUGUUGUGAAAAACUUCACAAAAUAGGUGAAUUGGAUGACCACUUGAUGCCAGUGGGGAAAGAGACAGUGAAGUAUGAGGAAGAGCUGGAUUUGCAUGAUGAAGAGGAGACCAAUGUUCCUGGCAGACCAGGCUCCACCAAGAGGAGACAGUGCUACCCGAAAGCCAUACCAGAGUGUCUGCGGGGCAGUUAUCCUGUUCUGGAGAAGACCUACUACCUUUACGUGAUCGGGAUGGUGCUCACCACGCCGCUCCCUGAUGAGCUGAACUUCCGCAGGAGGAAGCUCUACCCUCCCGAGGACACCACCAGAUGCUUCGGCAUUCUGACAGCUAAACCAAUACCUCGGAUCCCACACUUCCCCGUGUACACGCGCUCAGGCGAGGUGACCAUCUCCAUUGAGCUGCAGAAGUAUGGCUUCACGCUGAGCUCAUCGCAGCUGGAGCUCAUCACCCGCCUGCACCAGUACAUCUUCUCCCACAUCCUCCGGCUGGAGAAGCCCGCGCUUGAGUUCAGGCCCACAGAGGCUGACUCGGCCUACUGCGUCCUACCUCUCAACGUGGUUGGAGAUUCCAGUACUUUAGAUAUGGACUUCAAGUUCAUGGAGGAGAUUGAGAAGUCCGAGGCUCGCAUCGGCAUUCCUAACACUCAGUACACCAAGCAGAACCCGUUCACGUUCCGACUGGAGGAUUACCAGGAUGCUGUCAUCAUUCCGAGGUAUCGUAAUUUCGAUCAGCCGCACCGGUUUUAUGUCGCGGACGUGUACACGGACCUCACGCCCCUCAGUAAGUUCCCCUCUCCAGAGUAUGAGACGUUUGCCGAGUACUACAAGACCAAGUACAACCUGGACCUGUCGAAUGUCAACCAGCCUCUCCUGGACGUGGACCACACAUCCUCGAGGCUGAAUCUGUUAACCCCUCGCCACCUCAACCAGAAGGGAAAAGCUCUGCCCCUCAGCAGUGCCGAGAAGAGGAAGGCCAAGUGGGAAAGUCUGCAAAACAAACAGAUUUUAGUUCCUGAGCUGUGUGCCAUUCACCCAAUCCCUGCCUCACUGUGGAGGAAGGCUGUCUGCCUUCCCAGCAUCCUCUACAGACUUCACUGCCUUCUGACGGCCGAGGAGCUGCGUGCUCAGACGGCCAUGGACGCGGGCGUGGGGGCCCAGAGCCUGCCCCCUGACUUCAGGUAUCCAAAUUUGGACUUUGGAUGGAAGAAAUCCAUCGACAGCAAGUCGUUUAUUUCAUGCAUGGAGGACGAUGAUCACCGUCAGCCUGGCACAAGCUCUGCCCCUGACCACACUGCCCAGGAAGGCCCUAGUGCCGAAGCCUCCCAGCCCCCAGGGGGAGCUCUCUCGCAUGAUAACUGCAAUGCACCAGACGAAAAGCUAGAGGCGUGUGUGCUGCCCCCGAUGGCUCCAGCCCAAGAAGGGAGUGUGCGCGCCUGUCCCACUAACCUCAGCAAUGGAGCGGGGGCCAACGGCGGCGACCAGCACGCACACGAUGUUUGCCCGCGCUCCUGGCUGGCCGCGCAGGAGGGCAACCUGCCGACACGAGCCACUACCUCAGUUCUUGUGCAGCCUCCUUCGAGCGGCGUCCACGAAUGUACCUUGGGCAGGGACUUGGACCUCCACGGUGGGCAUGUCAAGAAAGCUACCUCAGACCGUUGCCUAGCCUCCGGGGCGGCAACGACCAGCACCGCUCCACCUGUGUCUGGGUCUCUGGAGGUGUGCGGGUCUGCAGCACCGCCCUGUGACUCAGCCAAAACCCUGGGCCCGAACCCGGGCCUGAUUCUGCAGGCCUUGACCCUCUCCAACGCCAGCGACGGCUUCAACCUGGAGCGGCUGGAGAUGCUAGGCGACUCCUUCCUCAAGCAUGCCAUCACCACCUACCUGUUCUGCACGUACCCCGACGCACACGAGGGCCGACUUUCCUACAUGAGGAGUAAGAAGGUCAGUAACUGCAACCUUUACCGUCUGGGGAAGAAGAAGGGGCUGCCAAGUCGAAUGGUGGUCUCCAUCUUCGAUCCGCCCGUGAACUGGCUACCCCCCGGCUACGUGGUGAACCAGGACAAAAGCAACACUGACAAAGGCGACUCUGAGACAAAGGCAGACCUGGCGAAUGGAAAAGCCAAUGAAGAUGACUACGAUGAUGAGGAUGAGGGUCCUGACGUGGAGGAUGAAGACCUGAUGUGGAAGGAGCCCAAGGAUGAGGUGAACGUCGAGGACGACCUGGAGUAUUACCAGGAGCACAUCAAGUUCAUCGACACCAUGCUGAUUGGCUCCGGAGCCUUUGGCAAGAAGAUCUCCCUUGGCACCUUCCCAUCUACAGAGCCCAGCUGUGGUUGGAAGGCUCCGCGGCGGGCCGCGCUCGGCAGCUGUCACUUUUCCUCGGAUGGCGGCGGCAGCGGCAUCGGCGAUGAGUUCGACUACAGCUCCUGGGACGCCAUGUGCUACCUGGACCCGAGCAAGGCCGGUGAGGAGGACGACUUCGUGGUGGGCUUCUGGAAUCCGUCGGAAGAGAACUGUGGCACAGACGCCGGCAAGCAGUCCAUCUCCUACGACCUCCACACGGAGCAGUGCAUCGCCGACAAGAGCAUCGCCGACUGCGUGGAGGCCCUGCUGGGCUGCUACCUGACUAGCUGCGGAGAGCGUGCUGCCCAGAUGUUCCUCUGCUCGCUGGGCCUGAAGGUGCUGCCGGUUGAGAAGCGAGGGGCAAGGAGGGCCACAGAGGAACCGGCCGAGCCGCAGUACGGCUGGCUCCGGAUCCCCCCGCGCUGCAUGUUCGACCACCCGGACGCCGAACGCACCCUCCACCACUUGAUCUCCGGCUUCGAGAACUUCGAGAAGAAGAUCAACUACACAUUCAAGAACAAGGCCUACCUCCUUCAGGCCUUCACUCACGCCUCAUACCAUUACAACACAAUCACAGAUUGUUACCAGCGGUUGGAGUUCCUUGGUGACGCGAUUUUAGACUACCUCAUAACCAAGCACCUUUAUGAAGACCCACGCCAGCACUCUCCGGGCGUGCUCACUGACCUGCGCUCUGCGCUCGUCAACAACACCAUAUUCGCUUCCCUGGCUGUCAAGUACGACUACCACAAGUACUUCAAAGCUGUCUCACCUGAGCUGUUCCACGUGAUUGACGAUUUUGUGCAAUUUCAGCUGGAAAAGAAUGAAAUGCAAGGAAUGGACUCUGAGCUGCGCCGAUCUGAAGAAGAUGAGGAAAAAGAGGAAGAUAUCGAGGUCCCCAAAGCCAUGGGGGACAUCUUCGAAUCACUAGCCGGGGCAAUUUACAUGGACAGCAAGAUGUCACUGGAGACCGUUUGGCAAGUGUAUUAUCCAAUGAUGAGGCCGCUGAUAGAGAAGUUUUCUGCCAACGUACCGCGCUCGCCCGUGCGUGAGCUGCUGGAGAUGGAGCCAGAGACCGCGAAGUUCAGCCCUGCUGAGAGGACGUACGACGGGAAGGUGCGCGUGACGGUGGAGGUGGUGGGCAAGGGCAGUUCAAGGGCGUGGGGUCGAAGCUACCGCAUCGCCAAGUCUGCAGCGGCCCGCCGAGCCCCUGCGCAGCCUCAAAAGCCAAUCAGCCUCAGGUCCCGAACAGCUGAGCUCCACCAGACUCCAGCGGUCCCGAACAGCUGAGCUCCACCCAGACUCCAGCGGUCCCCGAACAGCUGAGCUCCACAGAUUCCAUGCCUCCUCUCCACACCAGUCCGCAUCAUGGACGGUCUUCUGUUAUUGAAGAGAAUUGCUCAUGUCAACAGAAUUUGCAAAGACUUUUUUUUAAAAUUUUUUUUCCUUUGCCUUUUUUUUUUUUUUUUUUUUUUUUUUUUUUUUUUUUUUUUUUUUUUGGCGCAGACACAAUCUUUUUAUCUUUUGUUUCCUCUGAGCUGUUCAUCACGAGAGUGCUUUAUUCAUGUAUUGCAAGUGUUAAAUGUCAGGCAUCUAUCCUCUUUCCUCUUUUAACACUUUUUAAAGACAUCUUUGGCUUUGGUGGUAGUGUGUUAAAAGUUAAAAAAAAAAAAAAAAAAAAAAAAAGCUUAGGCUUGAAACUAGUGUUAGAAUGUAUAUAAUUAAAAUGUAUACAUUUAAAUAAGGAAAAAAAAAAAAAAAAACGCUAAACUCCUCAGUCAGUGCACUAGUGCCAGUUUUGGAGCGUUUCCAAAACGCUCUGAUGGAAAAAGCUUGCAGGGAGAGAGUGAGAGAGAGUGAAAGAGAAAGACAGACCACGGAGCAAGAGCAAUGUUUUCCACGGUCUUGAAAAUGCUAUUCUUAAUCGUCAUUGCACUUAUUUCACUAGGGUCUGCUGUGUUACGAACUCAGUCGUGAAUAUUUCGCCUGAUCAGCACCAAACAUUUGGGUAUGUACCGUGUUCUAUACCUGAGAGAGAAUAUGGCCCUCCCUCAUGUCCUUAAAAGCGGAUAAUAAUUCAAACAUUCCCAGUUACUGUAAUUCAAAAGUUUUUAACAGCACUCUAGAAUGCAUGUUUGUGUAGCUGUUUUAGCCAACUGGAUAUUAUAUAAAUACUAUAAAUAGAACUACCAAUGUACACCUAUAUAAAAGAGAGAAGAUUUAAUGUUUAUUAUGAUGUAAGUUGAUAACUUGGCUUUCAGUAAUGUCUUUUGAUACCAAGAGUGAUAACAUUUUGGUGGACAGUCUCUAUGAGCAUUAGAUGUCACCAUUGACUGAUGCGUUUAGUUUUGAUAUUAUGACACACAAAAAAGUAAGACAUAUCACUUGGGAAAAUAUGCUGCAGAUUUUGUAAAAAGAAAAAAAAAUAUUGGAUACUUCUGUAAGACACAGAGCACCUUUACGUACAGUCUUUAGGACAACCCAAUAUUUUAAUAGAUGGCUUGUAGUUCAUUUACUUCACUUCACUACCAAAGUCAGUAGUGGUGCAGUGCAAAGAGGCUGCAUCUGUGAAGUCAAUCCUUCAUGAGUCACUCAUUUAAAGAUGUGGAAACCAGCCUUCGUUUCAUGUACGUGUUAUAGCUUGUCUAGCCUCUUUGUCUUCACUAUAUUAGACAUUCUUCACUCAAAUACCUCAGUUAAUCGCAUGCUUUUUUAAAUUAAUUUUUUUUUUUUUUUUGGUGCUAUGUUUAUUAAGCUUGAAUUUUUCAUCUUUUGCACUGUAACUAUAAUACCUCUUUGUUUUACCUUUGAAAUCUGUUGGGUUGUUUUAGUCAGCAGUCGUGCUGUAGAGAUCUGCUUCAUGGGUUCCCUUUUUUAUUGAUUUAAAGCUUGAAGAUUUUGAGGGUAAGCUGAGGGACGUUCUCUGCACAUAAGCUCAGUGCCUCUAUGGAACUCGGUGGGAUUCUUUUCUUUUUUUAAAAUUCAAAAUUCAGCUUAGUCUAAUUGUGUAUCUGGUUUGAAAGGAUUGCUCAACAUUUGUGGAGAUUGGAUUGUUUUUAUUCCUGAACACCUAUAAGCCAUGCCUUGUCCCGGUCACUCCUCUUCCGAGGUCUUUUGAAAUCUCAUUAGGCUGCUUGCAGUGUCUGUGAUGUCAUUUUCCUUUGUAUUUGCUGUGUUCUGUCACUUGCUUUUUAUUUUGGUUAAUGGAGAGAAGCAAGUUAUACAUAUGAGUAAUGCUUCAAUUAUAUAAUCCCAAAAAUUGAGGGCGUAGGCUGCAAAAAUCAUUUAAAUUUUUUUUCCUCUCUUUCCCUAUGUCAUCUUUGACAUGUCUUAACUACCUGACUUGAGUGAAGAGAUUUGUUAUUACUGUUGGUACCUCCUGCUCAUGCUCUUUUUGGUAUGGGCAUAUUACUGAAGUUGAAUCUCCUGGUGAUGCUACCCUCAAAAAAUACCCCCUUUGUGAUUAGUUUGGCAGUCCUGAAUAUGGCAAUGUUGAUCCAUCUCUUUGUAGAUAUUCCUGUAAUUUUGCCCGUUACUUCAUGUUCUGCUUCUCUGCCCAUUGGUGCACCUUAGAUGGGGAUCCACACUACAGUUUGCACUAGAAACCAUUCCCGUUCAUCUAAAUGAAUUUACACCUAUUUAAACAGUAUGCCCAUAAAUGGUGCCUUUUGUCUCUUUAACAUAUUGAUCUGUAACAUCUAAUAUUGUUACAAUAGCAAAUCCACUUCUACUAAUUGUAGCAAACCAAGACAUUGCUUUGUGCUGUGUAUGUUCGGGUAGGUGCCAUGUAUUCAGUGAGUAUUUUGAGUGUAGAGAAAUUUACAGCUUCCUUCAGUACUUUAUUUCAGUGGGCUAAAUAGACAGUUGUCACUCACUGCCUGGCCUGUUGUAACAAACCUUCUCAGCUCUCUGAGUGCAGUCUUUUAUCUGAGCAAGAGUUUUUUGGUGAUCCUGCAUGCCUAUCCUCAGCUCCAUCUCCGUCUUUGAUCUUGCACAGCCAUCAUUGACAUCUCUAUAGACAUUGGUGAUUGGUUAGCUUGUCAGGAAGAAGGUGCAUUUACAUACUGGUAUAUAAUAGGCAGUCGUCCCCCCCCUCCAAUCAGAGGCACCAUUUAUACAUUCUGCCUCAUUAUAGCCUUUUCCCAGUGAGAGGAAUGGCACACCUUUUCACUCUUUUUCUUCUCAUUUGAAUCUUUAGUUACACAGUUCUGUUACUCAAAGAACGUGAAGCCCCACAUGUGAUUCCACGCACUGUUUGUUUUUGUUAUUGUUUUUUGUUUUGUUUUCUUUACCUCCUGAUAACAGAAUGGAUGAUGUCACAGCUGAUGACUGAGCUACUCCCACUGCAUGAUUGAUGACCCAAGUCGUGUAAAGAAUUAUGUAAAAUAGUGUUUUAUUCUUGCUGGGAGUUUCGAUGUAAGCCCGCCAUUCACCAUUGCACAGCAUGCUGCAGACUCUUUUUCUCUCUUUUUUUGGCUGAGAAUUGUGUUCAUUUUCUUGGGGGUUUUUUUUGUUUUGUUUUGUUACAUGUAGCACAAAUCAGCAUUGCACUUGGGCGCCAUACUUUACCUCAUGUCAGAAAGAGAGAAGAAAAUGCGUGUAUAUAUGAUGCCAUUGCAUUUAAAAGAAUAACUUGUGGUUUUGGCCUUGCUGCUGUUCCACUGCUGGUAUUUUUACAAUUGUAUUUAAAAUGUGAUCGGGAAGAUACCACGUGCCUGCAGGAUGUCGUCGUGUAAGGAAUACACUGUAGAAAAGUAGUAGUUGAUCUCUACAAUCUGGGGCUAAAUGUAUGUCCUUUUGUAUACAUUCAUGUCCUGCCUUAAUGUAAUAUUUUUACAUUUAAAUUGUAAUCUGCAAACUACCAAGUCCUUUGACAGGCAUGUCGUGCAUUAUGUUUAGGUGAAAUUGUUCCCUCAUUAGUUUAUAUCUGACAUACCAUUAGGUUCAGAUCAAGUAGUGUGCGUCAGUGAAGAAAUCCCCAUACUCCAUCCCUCAUUGCUUUUCUCUCGUCUGUUGUCUUGUCAUUCUUAUUCAACUUUUUUGCAGCCCCGUAUUCCACAAAGAAGGGCUUGAGUAAGCAAUUUCCUACAUUUUGGUAUUAUGGAUUUUGGGCUUUUUAAAUGUGGUUUUUUUUUGUUUGUUUUUUUUUUUUUUUUUGUUAUCUCCUCUUUAAUUUACCUGAAAUUCAAAUGCACUCAUCAGCAGCAAGGUGGCCAAGAAAAAUGGCUCUGGAAUGUGAUGUGAACACUUUUUUUUUUUUUUUUUUUUUUUUUUUUUUUUUUUUGGCCAUGAUAUUUGGGAAUGUGGUGGUCAUGGAGAUCAGCAACGCACCAACAGAACGAGUGGAGUUUUCAAUCGGGGAGUUAUGGGCCAUCAAGAACUGCAGCGCUGUUACAAGGGACAUGAAAUGAUUCUCACUCAUACUGUAAAAGAGCUGCAGUGGUUUACGAUCUGCACCUUAUGGAUCACAAAUACCUUUAAUAGUCUUAUUUUCUUUCUUUUUUUAAAUAAUUGUAGCUAAAUGUAUCAACAAUAAAGUUAUGGUAUGGUCCAUUCAAAA